UUGACUUUGAACGUCGAUACAUAGGCUUGAGUGAGAAAUUUCAUAGCAAGCCACUCAUCGAUAGGGCAUUCUCCUAGUAAAACUUAGCAUGGAUCGGAUUAUAGGCUUAAAUAUUUGAAAUCUGUAUAUUAACUGAACUUUAAUCAAACUAAAUGAUUUAGAAAAAGACCUAAGCUGAUCAAAACUGAGCCGAAAUAUGCCAAAAACAAUAGAUCCAAAAACCCUACAACUCAAAAAGCUCAUCUAAAAGCUCCAAAAAUCUUCAAAAAGGCCAGAGCGGGGUCUAAAAAACGAUCCAAAACCAGCCUAUACUCCAAUAACAUGAAUGAAUCAGUUUCUUCUCAUUCUGGAGAUCCUAGUGCUACUUCAAUCGAGAGACCCGUUGAAAUGAGUGACAAAUCAGAAGAAAGAAAGCUUCUAGAUAGCUCACAAGACAUCCAACCUCUUCUAAAUUAUGCUGGCCAAUCUGAGAAUACCUCUAAUCCUAAUUUUAAGCAAGAAAGCUUAUCUAUAAAAGAGGGGACUUCUUUUGCCGAUCAUAAUAUGAACCAAAAGAAGAAUAAAAUCGAAGAUGCUCCAGAUGACUCUCCUGAGACCCCAAUCGAUGUUGUGAAUGAGAACACAAGUGAAGAUAAUAGGCUUCCACAAAAGAUUGAGCCCUUCUCAGCGAUCCUACAGGAAGAGAUUGGGCUGAAAGACAGCCCACAAAAAGCAAGGAAGAAUAUAGAAAGCAUCAGUGGCGAUUUCUCACGUAUUUUCUCAGAGGAAAUUAAGGAGAAUCCAAUUGAGCUCUCAGGGAAGCCCCAGAAAAUCUUCAGACUUCAAAGAAUCUCUAAGAAGCAAGGAAACCAGACCAUCACUGCUAAAGAUAUGAUCGCGGCUAAGCAGUCAAGCGAGAUCCAUGACCCAGAUUCUUCUUUUAAGACAGAUUCAGAGAUGGAGUCCAGCUGUGACCAGAAGCAGAGUCUUAAUAGUGGAUGUACCAUGGGUGAUAUUGCCAAAGGCAAGAAAAUAGCUGUGCUCUCGACUCUGAGGGCAAAUGCAGUCCCUAGGUUCUCUGGGAUUAGAGUCAGUCAGAAUGAAUUCAGGCCAUGCAAUGAUGGAGAGUCUAUUAAGACGUCCAAGUUUAAAUCCCAUGGCAAAAAUUCAGAAUCGACCAGUAGGAAAGCUUCAAUGAUAAGCUUCUCUCUCGGCAAUGGUUCAAACUACAGGAAUGUAGACAGCCCUUGCUGUGCUCACAGACCUAACUUGGAGAACUGGGAGAGCCCAGGCAGUUUCAUUACCAAAUUUCACGUUAAAAGAUAACCUUAUUCUCUAAACCUUCAAAACAUCACAAGUACCCUCUCUACACCCUUUUCCUCGCUCUUUUGCCCCUAAAAGUCCCUAAAAACUCUAUUUUUCCUUCUGCAGUUUCCUAAUUUAGGUCUAAAAAUUCUUCAUGAGCAGUCAUUUUCUUAAAAAGCUCAAUUUAACUAACAAAAUUUUGAAAUUUCCUUGUUUCAAAUUUUGAGAUUUGCCAGCAAAACUUAGAUAGUUCUGUUUUGAAGGUGCGAAAAUGGGUUUGGUCAAUAUUUUACUGCAUUAAUAGAGUUUAGAUAUCUAAAAUCCAGGCAGAAUGGCUCAAACUUGCCCAAAACUGUGAAUUACAACAACUAUCAAGCCCAAAAACAUGACUCUAUACCAUCUACCAGAUUUAUUUUUUAAAAAGUCUAAAUUUUCAACCCUC